AUGCAUCUAUUAUUUGAUAUAAUUUUAAUUUUUCUAUUUCUCCCAACUUAUUUAUGUGUAACUAAUUUCACCUAUACAUUUUCACAUGUAGCAACAAGUAAAAUACCAACAUUGUUACAAUCAGAUGGUUUUCUAUUAACUGAUUCAUCUUCUGUCGCACGUUUAUUAUCAACUGAUGAUGAAUUAAUAAAUUCAACUCAAAUUCUUCUAUCAUCUAAUAAUUCACAAUCAAUUGCUUUUAGUUGGAAUACAGGUGAUUGUUCAUUACCAUCAGCAUUAGCAUAUACAUAUCCAUUAAUUGAUAUUAGUAGUCCAAUAUGUUUUUCAUCCAUAUCUUCAUCUAUAAAUAAUAUUUUACAAUUAACAGUUACAAUUCCACAAGUAGCAUCAGCAGCUACGUUGUAUAUGAAUCAAUAUUCUUUAACUUAUUUUUCAAUGAUUAUAAGUUCUUCAAAUAAUUUUUAUUUUAAUUAUGCACAAGAAUUUUCAACUUAUCUAACACAAAAUUCGUUAACACUUGAACAUUUUUUAUUUAAAUCAAGUUUUACUUCAUCAUUAGUUUCUGCUCGAAGCAAAGUUUAUUUUAUCAUAUGUUCAUAUGCUGAUGAAAUUGAUCUAUAUUCCAAAAUUGUUUCAUUUUCCCAAUUAUCAACAGGAAAUCCAAUUUUUAUAUUUAUUCGUUGGUCACCACAUUUUGUUAGUUUUUAUACAAAACAAUAUAUACCAGAUAAAUCAUUAACCGUACCUUCAUAUUAUUUUGCUAUUCUUCAUCUUUUACCAAUCGAUACUGGUUCAACCAGCAGUUUUUAUAAUAUUGUUUCGAAUUAUGAACAACAAAUUCUUACUAAUGUAUCAAAUGCAACAAUCGACGACGAUCUGAUUUUUAUUUUAAAUGAACUUGAAAGUGUAGAAUAUCUUCAACAACCGAAUUCAUCAAUAUUUCUUAAUCCAAUUACUUUAAAUAGUGCUCAACAACGUUUAUUUACAUAUGCAUUAAUUGGUUUGGAAUGUAAUAGCUCAUGGACAAUAUUUAAAAAAUUAAAUCCAAGCAAUUCAGUAUUUCAAAAUAUUGAUACAAAUCUAAGUUUAUGCACACGUAUUACUUAUCCAACUACUGAUGCGCUUGUUACUAGUGAUAGUGGAUGGAAUAUACUUCGAAUUGUACUUUUUUCAUUGUUAGGUGUAGCCAUAGCAUGUGCUGCUGCUCUUGUCGCAUUUUUUGUUAUAAGGAGUCAACGUGCUCGACAACAGAUGUCCAAAGGUCCAAACAAAAUUAUGCUACUACCAGAAGAUUUAAUGUUUGUCAUGCCAAAAGGAUCAAUAUUUACUAGCAAAGUUAAUUUACGAAAUGAACCACAUGAACGAAGUAAUGUAUCAUUACGUAGUGAAGAAUUUCAAGCAGGAAAAACGGCACGUUUCAAUGGUGAUUUAGUUGAAGUAAAAAAAUUACAUAUUGGUCCAUUAUCGCUUCGUACAAAAGUUAUGAGAGAAUUACGACAAUUAAAAGAUUUACGUCAUGAAAAUGUGAAUGGAUUUAUUGGAAUUUUUAUUGAUCAAACUGCACCAGCUUUAAUUUUUGAAUAUGGACAACGAGGCAGUCUUGAAGAUAUUUUAAGAAAAGAAGAGAUCAAACUUGAUUGGAAUUUUAAAUGGUCAAUGCUUAAUGAUCUUGUUCGAGGUAUGCGUUAUUUAUCAAAUUCUGCGAUACGUUGUCAUGGAAAUUUAAAAUCACGAAAUUGUAUUGUUGAUUCACGUUGGGUAUUAAAAGUAACAGAUUUUCGUCUCAAUGAAAUAUAUACGUUACAAAAUGCUCCACGACAAGUUGACUUAAUCGAUCUUUUAUGGAUGGCACCUGAACAUAUUCGUACAGCAAUUAUUAAAAAUGAUGUAGCAACCGUAAUGACAAGUUCAUCUGCCGGUGAUGUUUAUAGUUUUGGUAUUAUUAUGCAAGAAGUUAUUUUACGUGGUGCACCAUUUUGUAUGCUUGAUCUUACACCUCAAGAAAUCAUUGCUAAAAUAAAAAAACCACCACCAUUAUUACGACCAUCAGUAUCAAAACAAACAGCCCCACCUGAAUAUAUUAAUUCAAUGAAACAAUGUUGGGCAGAACAAGCUGAAACACGACCAUCAUUUAAUGAUCUUGCUCAAUCAAUUAAAUUACUCAAUGGUGGAAAGAAAGUCAAUAUUGUUGAUACAAUGUUUAAAAUGCUUGAAAAUUAUUCAAAUAAUUUGGAAGGUUUAAUUAGAGAUCGAACAACGCAACUUGAAGAAGAAAAGAAAAAAACUGACAAACUUCUAUCACAAAUGUUACCACCGAGUGUUGCUGAAAGUUUAAAAUCUGGUAAAGCAGUUGAAGCUGUCUGGUUUGAAUGUGUAACAAUUUAUUUUUCUGAUAUUGUUGGAUUUACGACAAUAUCUGCAUUAAGUAAUCCAAUGGAAGUUGUUGAUCUAUUAAAUGAUUUAUAUACAAUGUUUGAUUCAAUUCUCGAAGAUUUUGAUUGUUAUAAAGUUGAAACUAUUGGUGAUGCAUAUAUGGUCGUCAGUGGUCUUCCACUACUAAAUGGAAUACAACAUGCAUCAGAAAUAGCCACAAUGGCAUUAACACUUUUACAUGCAUGUGGUAAAUUUCGAAUUCGUCAUAUGCCUGGUGUACCAUUACGAUUACGUAUUGGUCUUCAUUCUGGUGCAUGUGUUGCUGGGGUUGUUGGUCUUAAAAUGCCUCGAUAUUGUCUUUUCGGUGAUACAGUUAAUACAGCGUCUCGAAUGGAAUCAACUAGCAUGGCUUUUCGUAUCCAUUCAAGUGAAACAACUGCUGCUUUGUUAGAAGAAAUUGGUGGAUUUAAAUUAGAAUUACGUGGUGUUACUGAAAUAAAAGGUCGAGGAAAUUAUAAAACUUAUUGGCUUUCUGGUAAAGAUGGUUUUGAUAAAGAACUACCGGAUCCAGUUAUUUCCGAUAGUAGUCAUGGUCUUGAUAAAGAACUUGUUAGGUUAGUUGAAGAGAAAAAGGCACGUGAACAAGAAGAAGCUGAAAAGCAGAGAACAGCACGUGAUGUAGUUGAAAGUCAGAAAACAACAGAAAAUACUCAAAUUCAAGUCAAACCAAUUAUUGAAACAGUAUCUAAAGAAACACAUAAUGAUAAUAAAACUGCAGAUUUAUUAAGAUUCACACCACCGCCAUCGAAACCACCAUCACAAGUAACACGUGCAUCACCUGAACCACCUAGAAUUAUUAAUGCAAGUGAAAUUCCAGCGAAACUACAAGCAAUGAAUGGUCCUAGUGGACCUGUUAAAAAGUCAAACAAAGCAAAAUGGUGA